GAGUCUAGGAAUCAUUGUCUUAUAGACGGUCCCAAUUCUGAAAUUGUCUUCAGAUUGACCUUUUAAAGUCAUAAAUCAGACCAAGUCAUUCUCCUGCUUAAAACCCUCCAAUGGCUUCUCAUGGCAUUUAAAAUAAGCCAUCAGCUCUGUACUCUGAUUUACAAAGCCCCACAUGCUCUGACUCCGUCCACUCCUCUAAGCUCACCUUUCCCUCUCUCCUCCCCGCCCACCUCACCCGCUGUCUCCAAUUCCUCAAACCUGCCAAACUCAUCCCAGCCUCACCCCUGUGCUCUGGCUCCUGUCUCUGCUAGGGGACAACUGAACAUAAUCCUGGAUUUCGGGGGAGAUAGCUAUGAAGGCAUUAUUGGGACAGUUGGGGGAUUUCAAUACGGACUGUGUAUGAGAGAAUGUUGUACCAAUGUUAAAUUUCUUGAGUGCAUUAAUACUACUGUGGUUAUGUAGGAAAGUGUCCUUGUUCUUAGGAGGUGCGUGCUGAGGUAUUUAGCGGUGAAAUAUCAUGAUGUCUGAAACUGACUUUCAAAGGAAUUGUGGCAAAAUAUCAACAAUCAGUAAAUCUGGGAGAAGGGUGUAUUAGUGUUCAUAGGAGCAUUUUUUCAACUGUCCUCUGGCUUUGAAAAUCUUCGAAAUAAAAUGGGGAAAAGAUGGACAAUUUAAAAAAAAGAAUCUUAAUCCAGGUAUCCUCAAAUUUUCAUGUGCAUUAAAAAUCAUGUAGGAAGUCUGUUAAAAUGCAGAUUCUACAGAGUCAGAAGAUCUGAGUGGAGCACUGGGAUCUGCCUUUUAACAGGCCCGCGGGUGACUCUGAGUCAGGUCCCCAGGCCACACCAUGAGAAGGGAGAUUCACUUAGCAUUCUGUGGCUGUAAGCUACUCUCCGGUUCUCCACUUGACGUGUAGCUGGUUGGAAGGGUCAGGCAGGCAGAUGGAGUUGCGAUGUUAUAAUGAGGGCAAGACUGGAGAUUGUGGACACAGUUGGGGUGGUGGUGUUGGGGGCGGAUUUUGCCUCCUUCUCUGGCUUUUGGCUUCUGGGGGGACAGAGGAGGCUCCUAGCGUCCAGGGGAAGAAUGAAAUCAGGGCUAUGAACUCCUAAUACUAGUGAUGCUUUUCUAUUUCACACACCCUAGGAUAAUACUCCUCAUCUGUAAAAAGGUGGUCAUAAUAACUAAUUUUGAAGCACCUCCCAAAUUCCAACCUUUCAUGAGCCUUGAGUCGCAGAUGUGUUCAGACUGCAGACAUGUCAUUCCAACUUCUUGCCAGAAGGUGGCAGCAAUAUAUCUCUAUAUUUUCCAGACUGACAACCAUGGGAAAGAUUUUUUUUAAGUGCCUCAGGGUUGCCUCCAGUUUAACCAACAUUUAUCUGACCUGGGUCCUGUGCUAGACACCACCAACACAAAGGCAAAUAAGACCUGAUCAUAUUAUCCGGAGGAGUGGGGAGGAAACAUGUAAACAUAUUACUGGUUUACUAUGUGUGUGACCUUGGGCAAGUUGCCAAAACUCUCUGUGCCUCAGUUUAUUCAACUGUAAAAUGGGAAUAGUAAUAGUACUAUUACUAAAUAGUACUAUUAUUAAAUCUCACAACACCCCUGAGAGGAGGUGUCAUCAUCCCUGUUUUGUAGACCAAGAAACUGAGGCUCAGAGAGGACAAGUAACUUGCCCAGGGUCACACAGCAAGUAAGUGCCCGUGGCAGCCUGAUCUCGUCUCCCAUGACCUUUCCCUCCAUUCCACCUUAGCCUCAAAUCCCACUCCCUUAGAAAUGCCCUUGGAAUCCUAUCAAGAAUCCAGUCUUUACUCUGCCAAUCUCCCACCCUCUCUUGCCCACACACCCCUCCUCAUCCAGCUUUGAGUCUGUGGCCCGUCAUCUGGUAGCACUCUUGUCAAUAACCUAAAAUUCAAUGCUCACCUGCCUGGCAAACCUCCGAAUGUGUCCAAUUGUCAUUUCUCUCCAAGUCUUCACCAGAGCAGCCGGGGCGGCAGAGGAGGAGGGGCAAUAUUAACAGUGGCCAAUCCUUCUACGGGUGGACUGUGUGCCACACACGAAGUGCUUCACAUCUUGUAACUCAUUCAAUCCUCCAGUUCUAUGAUACUGUUAUUAUCAUCCCCACUUAUGGAUAAAGAAAAUGGGGUGAAUGGAGGCUAAAUCCCUCUCCCAAACCCGGAGCAUCCCGCUAACUAAGCUGAGGGGCCGUGCUGGCACCCAGGCCGUCCGUCCAGAGUGCAUGUCUUGAUUGAUACACUAUUUGCCCAGGACAGAGAAAGGAUGCGGCCAGCAUCCCCUCCCUCCAUCAGCCGGGAGGUCCCUGCCCCCUUCCACCCUGGGUCCAGCACUACUCUCAGCCACUAGUGAGGACAAUCCAAAAGCGGUCCAGCUCCUCACUGCACUCGGGAGCUGGAAAUUAAUAACAACAACAAUAAUAUAGUAGGGAUAAUAAAAAAAUUAGCUUAUAUUUUCAGCCUUUGUUAUGUGUGUCCUAAGUAUUUUACACGUAUUUAUCCAUUUAAUCCUCCCAACAACACUAUGAGGCAGAAGCUACAAUUACCCCCUUUUACUGAAGGACAUGGAAGGACACAGUAAUGAGCCUAAAUUCAUACAAUAGAGAGUUUUGGAGUCAGACGGGAAGCUCCGCAGCUGGAUGCCAGAGCCCUGGCUCCCAACCAUGACCCUUUCCUAUCCUUCUUCCAGCCCCCAGAUCUGCCAGGCCUGGCUCUUUCUGAGUAAGGGGGGGAGUCUCUGCCUUGCCAGCAGGCCUGGUCCCCCCACUCCCAGCCCCAGCCUAACUCCCUCCACAGCUCCCAGAGCCCUGCUGAGCAGGCCCUGGUCCCCUGCCCUCUGGGGCAUCUGGGCUGGGAGCUGGGAGCUUAAACAGGGAGGGUGGGGGACACCCCACCUGGAACUCCCCAGGCCCAGGCAGGGGCCUCCACUCUCAAAGGCCCAGGAUUACCAGCAGCUCCUAUAAAGACAGGGCCUGAGCUGGUCCUCCACAGGACUUGCCUGCCUCUUCGUGUGUGGCACCAGCUCAAACUCCCAGUUUGCUUCUGGAGGACAGCAGGCAGGGGCCGGGCAGGGCCUCGGCUGGGGUCCCUGGGGCUCUAGGCCAAUGGCAGCUGGAGCUCAGAAGCCCAGGGCUGUGGCAGAAAGCACCAAGCUUUCCCCAGCCCUCUCUUACACCUGUCAAGCCCCCCACCCACAGCCUAGGCAGGACCCUCCCCCUCCACCAUCCCGGGAGUUAGGGGGGACAAGUCCUGGCUUAUCCAUCCCAUCCCUUCUCUCCUGUCCUCCUUCUUCCCAUUCCCCUGGCAACCAAACCAGACCCAUCAAGGAGAAGGACCUGGCAGCUGUGCAGGGAGAGACUAAUGGCCCGGAAGGAAGGAGGGGCCUGGAGAGAUGAAGGCGGUAGGGAAGUGAGCCGUGGGCGUUGGCCCAUCUCAGAGGCCGCACAAAGCGGGGGAGGCUCCUCUGCCCUGCAAUGCCGAGGAGCUGGCCGGCCAGGGAGCCGCCCUCCUCACCCCCUCAGCCAGAGAUCCAGCCGGACUUCCAAACAGGCAUCCCCAGUCGCCCAGCUCUCGUCCUCAGGGACAGGUCCGCCUGUCCCUGCUGGAGAGCCCUGGAGUCCCCGGCAGCAGCAGCCCCAUGGCUUCUGGAAAACCCAACAGGCCUCAGCACCCCGGCUCCUGCAGACCAUCCGAGCUGCCCCUGUCCAGUCCUGGGCAGCCUGUGCCUGUGUUCUGGAAGCCGUUUGACACGCAAAGGCCAGACAUUAGACUUCCGCUAACUCCCGGGUGGGGGAGGGUAGGAAGGGAUAUGUGGUUGUGUGUGUGUGUGUGUGUGUACACAUAGGUGUACCUAUGCAUCUGUGUGCAUGGGCUUGUGGACCUGUCCUGUGGCCUUCUCUCUCCUCUUUCAGUCCCUGGACCGUUGGGGAUGGACACCUUCUCCGUCCCCAUCUCUUCCCCAUCCAGCCCUACCCAUCCCUGGGUACCUGUAACUCCUCAAUAGUAGAAACCGGUUCCUGCCAGUCCCUCCAUCUCUCAGCCUUGGCAGCAGCUGCCACUCCUCAGCCCCCUCCCCUUCCUACCUCAGGAAUCACCCUGGUUCCUGUAAGGCCCGUGACUGAGCAGCAGUUGGUUGGGGGAAGGGAAAAGUCCAGUAAAGCCAGACAGCGUAUAACCAGCUCACUCGGCUCAGCCCCUGGCAGGGCACAGACCUUCCCAAGUGGGACCCAGAGCUGGGCCCAGUCACCCUCAGACCCCUCCCAUGUGCCCACCCUGUUGAGGUCGGGUGAAGGUCCAGGUUUGGGAGCUGUGUCUUUAAGGCUGAGACAUCAGCAGGCAACCCCCUGGCCAAAUGUCCAGGAGAGGGGGAGGGGAAAGGGCCAGUCCAUUAGCAGCAGAGCCGGCGCCAGGCAACAGCCCUCCACAGGGCCCUGGGGAUUACGGAGAGAUCAGCCCUUCCCCACCCCCUCAGCUGCCUCUGCCCUCCUGCCCCCCAUCUCGCCCUGGGUGUGGCGAUGGAGAGGGUAGCUGACAGCAGGUGAAGGCAGAGCCUAGCCUUCAGGGGACAAGUGGAGGCACAGGCUCUUGGGCCUAAACCAAGACAACUCUCCAUCCAUCUGGGCCACCUCCUCCCUACUGAUGUGCCAGAAGCCUGCCCUGUAACCUCCAGUCCUCCUAUCCCCCAAUUUUUACCAGCUCUUUCAGGCAGGGACCCCAGCUCCAGUCAGGCCCUCACAUUCUAGGCUCCUGCGCUGGAUGCUUUGCAGGAAGGCGCUGAGCCCCGGCCCCGACCCGUCUGUGGUCGUCAUCCCUGCUUUCUUCCCAGCCAACAACAGGGGGAAUCAAGCAGGCAGGGCGCCAGCAACCCGGGAGGGAGGGUGCGGUGCUUCUGCUGCUCCGCAGGGGUGGGGCGUCCCCCUCCCCACAUAGCCCCGCCAUCAGGCCAGUGGGAGGAGCUGCCCGUGCCCCCCCUGAGCCCGCAGGGCUAGCUAUAAAGCCGCCUCGCAGCGGUCUGGGUCUGCGGCUCCUUCCCAGCUCUGGACCAGCCCUGCCAGCGGUGACUGCCCAUCCUCGGCCGCCAUGAGCCACCCGUCGGGCCUCCGGGCCAGCGUCAGUUCCACCUCAUACCGCCGCACCUUCGGGCCACCGCCCUCCCUGUCCCCUGGGGCCUUCUCCUACUCGUCCAGCUCCCGCUUCUCGAGCAGCCGCUUGCUGGGCUCCGCGUCGCCCAGCUCCUCCGUGCGCUUGGGCAGCUUCCGCGGUCCGCGGGCGGGCGCGGGCGCUCUCCUGCGCUUGCCCUCGGAGCGCCUCGACUUCUCCAUGGCCGAGGCUCUCAACCAGGAGUUCCUGGCCACGCGCAGCAACGAGAAGCAAGAGCUGCAGGAGCUCAACGACCGCUUCGCCAACUUCAUCGAGAAGGUGCGCUUCCUGGAGCAGCAGAACGCGGCCUUGCGCGGGGAGCUGAGCCAGGCCCGCGGCCAGGAGCAGGCGCGCGCCGACCAGCUGUGCCAGCAGGAGCUGCGCGAGCUGCGGAGGGAGCUGGAGCUGCUGGGCCGCGAGCGCGACCGGGUGCAGGUGGAGCGCGACGGGCUGGCGGAGGAUCUGGCGGCGCUCAAGCAGAGGCUGGAGGAGGAGACGCGCAAGCGGGAGGACGCGGAGCACAACCUCGUGCUCUUUCGCAAGGACGUGGACGACGCCACCCUGUCCCGCCUGGAGUUAGAGCGCAAGAUUGAGUCUCUGAUGGAUGAGAUUGAGUUCCUCAAGAAGCUGCACGAGGAGGAGCUGCGAGACCUGCAGGUGAGCGUGGAGAGCCAGCAGGUGCAGCAGGUCGAGGUGGAGGCGACCGUGAAGCCGGAGCUGACGGCGGCGCUGAGGGACAUCCGAGCGCAGUACGAGAGCAUCGCGGCGAAGAACCUGCAGGAGGCAGAGGAGUGGUACAAGUCCAAGUAUGCGGACCUGUCCGACGCUGCCAACCGGAACCACGAGGCCCUGCGCCAGGCCAAGCAGGAGAUGAACGAGUCCCGACGCCAGAUCCAGAGCCUGACGUGCGAGGUGGACGGGCUGCGCGGCACCAACGAGGCGCUGCUCAGACAGCUGCGGGAGCUGGAGGAGCAGUUUGCCCUGGAGGCCGGGGGGUACCAGGCGGGCGCCGCGCGCCUCGAGGAAGAGCUGCGGCAGCUAAAGGAGGAGAUGGCGCGGCACCUGCGCGAGUACCAGGAGCUCCUCAACGUCAAGAUGGCCCUGGACAUCGAGAUCGCCACCUACCGGAAGCUGCUGGAGGGCGAGGAGAGCCGGAUCUCCGUGCCAGUCCAUUCCUUUGCAUCCUUAAGUAUAAAGACGACUGUGCCUGAGGUGGAACCUCCCCAGGACAGCCGGAAGAUGGUUCUCAUCAAGACCAUUGAGACCCGGAAUGGGGAGCAGGUGGUGACAGAGUCCCAGAAGGAGCAGCGUAGUGAGCUGGACAAGUCUUCUACUCACAGCUACUGAACCCGUUGGUCCAGAGCUCCCUGACCCUUCCCUAGGCCUCCUCUAAGCCUGAACCCUGACGCCAGUCCUGAAUUAGUCUCCUCUCCCUCUGCAUGUGUCUUGGGGAUGACACCAGUCACCCCUUCCCUGGCCAAGCCCUACCCAGCAGCUGUAGCUGGGCCUGUCCCUGCCCUGACACAUAGACAUGAUCUAUAUGUACCCCUUUUCUCAUCCUGGUAAGACGCCAAUGAUCCCUAGGACUAGUGUGCCCCUGACAUGACCCCAUGAUCAUGCGUGGGCCAGCAUCUGAGUGUCACUUUUGAAUCAAAUAAAACUGCUGUCAAGAGAA